AUGAAAAAUAAAGGUGGUAUUUUAAGUAAGGCAAAACAUAUUGAAAAUGAAACAGAUUUAGUAAAUGAAGAUAAUAAAUUAUCAUCCAAUAUUGAACAUGGAUGUAAAAAUGCAAUAAAUGAAUCUUUUAUAUAUGAUGAAGAGGAAAUCAAAAAUUUUAGAUAUGAUAUAAUAUAUGUUCCAUUUCAUACAAGAUUAGAAGAAAGAGAAACUGAUGACAAACCAAUUCUUUAUAUUCAACAACCAAAUACAAUGGUAUCACAAGAUAAUAUAAUAUACAAGUAUAAAAGUUACAAUGAAACAGAAGAUGAUGGUAUAAAUUUAAGUAAAAUUACUUUUUAUAUUUCUCUUGAAAAGAUAAAAAAAAAUAAAAUUAUAACAAUCAUUGAAAUACAUAUUCCAUAUGAAUAUGCUCAUAAAACAGGACUUACAAGUUUUGAAAUAUUUCAAAUUCAUUCAUGUUCCCAAAAAUAUGCAUUUUUAAGUCGAUUAGUUUAUGUAAAAUAUAAAAUUGAUUUUAAGAAAAAUAAAAGAAAUCUUGAAAUUAUAACACAACAAUCAAAUCUUACUCAAAAAGCUAAUUUCUCCUAUAUAGAUAUUAAUUUUGGAAAAAGUAAUUUUUUAGAAAAUGACACAACUAUAAUUAUGAUUAAUUCAUUAAAUAAACUUAGUGAAGAUAAUUUUUCUGACAAAAAUCUAACAAUAAUAUUAUUGACAAAACAAGGAAAAAUUUUUGAAACAAUUAUUCAACCAUAUUUUUAUCCACCUUUACAUACAAAUAAAAGUUAUAAUUUAUAUGAUAUUAAAAUAACAUAUAUUUCUAAUGAUGAUGAGUCAAAUGUUAUUGUUAAAACACCAAUUUAUAAGAGAAAAGAACUUCCUUCAGGAGUUAUGCCUGGUUUUCAACCAAAAAAACCUUAUUUUUUAAAACCUAAAGUUAUAAAAUUUGAUUCCGAAAUGAAAACUAACAUGAUAACUUUUAAAACUACAAAAUUUCCACAAUUAUUUUUUACUUAUACUGAUCUAUUGUUAGAUGAUAAUAUUAUUUACGCUGAUGAUCCAUAUGAUUAUGUACAACAAGAUCGUACAAAAAUUGCAUAUAAUAUUUCUUAUUAUAAACAAAAUAUUGAAGAAUACAAAUUAGAAGUUGAUGUAGUUAUACCAUAUUUAGCUUUGACUUUUGAACCAGUAAAUUUACUUAAAGUAUUUGCUGUUUUUCCAAUUGGCUAUGAUUUUAUCAUUCCAAAUAUAGAGGCAAAAGUUGUGUUAGAUUUCAAAGAUAAAUUAGUUUCAGCAGAUGAUUACCCAGUGAUAAAAAAAAGAAGUAACAAUCGUUUGAAUGAAUUUUUAUCACCUCCUGAAAAAAUAGAAAUUGAAUGUGGAAAUACAAAUGGUGUUUCAAUGAAUUUUGAUAAUAUUAUUAUCCUACCAAAACAAUACAAAAAUGAUGUAAUUUUAAAUAAAUAUCAUAAAAAAACUAUAUUUUUCUUUGAAUACAAAACUUCAAAGUCAAAUGAUAUAAAAAAUUUUUUUACUGAAAUGUACUUAAAUGAUGAUGCAAUUCAUAGUGAUGGUACUUUUAAAUAUAAUUGUAAGAUAAAUAUUCCUCCAAGAAUGAAAAAUAAAAUCAAUGAAACAUCUUUAAGUUAUAUAACAGGGAAACAAAAACCUUCUGAUGAGUUAAAAUUUAACUAUGAUGAAAUAUUACUACAAGAUGUAGAAAAAACUUAUUUUAAGAUUUUUUAUCAUUCAUCAUUAAUAAAAAAAAAUCAAAUUAAGUCAAAAAAUAUUACAUCAUUUUUAGAAGUUGAAAAGUAUCGUCAAAUGAUUACAAGUGAUAUUAAUAUUCUUUUAUAUAUGGUAAAAAAUUUUGAUCAUCAAACAUAUAAAUUUUAUAUUUAUGUAAUUGUUCCUUAUAAAUAUUUGGAUGAAAAUUUUGGUCAACCAAUAUCAAUAGUACCAUUUUACUCAUCAAAAGAUAAACUUCUACAUGGUGCAUCAGUUGAAUAUAUUAUUGGUAAUAAUCAUAAUUAUAUUAAUAAUGAUAAUGAAUUUAUAUAUGAUAUUGAAAUUUUAUCAUAUAAUGAACAAAUUAAAAUAACACAUAAAAGUAAUAUUAAAAAACUGUAUAUUAAAUUAAAUGGUAAAACAGCAAAAAAAGAGAAUAUUGAUGUUUAUUAUAAAAAUGAUUUAGCAUUCAAACCAAUAAAAAAUAAUUCAAAUAUUAAUAUUAUUAUUGAAUUUGAUAGAACAAAUAUUGGUAAUGUUUAUGUAACAGCAAAUGUUAAAAUUCCUCAUAAUUUUUUAACAAAAUAUGAUGAUCCAACUGUUCUUAUUAUGCAUGAUGUUGAUCCAUUUUAUAAUUAUUCACAAAGAAUUAAAACAAUUACAACAUAUGAUGAAGGUGAACCACAAAGUCAAUGUUCUGUUCUUGGAAAAAAUAUUAACUAUGAAAAUUAUAUUGUACCAUAUGAGAAUAGAAUUGAUAUAGUUUCAGGAAAGAUUCCUAGAUUAUAUGUUUUUAUUAAAACAGAUAAAAUUUCCCCAAAUAAUAUUUUAAUUUUCCAGAAAAGUUAUAUUAAUGAAACAAAAUUAAUUAAUGGAACAGAUAUAAAUAUUUAUGUAACAUCUAAUAAUAUAAAUCAGUGUAAUGAAGAUAUAAAUAUUGUUGUUGUUGUAAAUAAUACUUAUUAUAUAGAUAACAUUAAUCCAAUAUCAAUUAAAGUUGUCUAUCCACAACAUAUUCAUGGAUUAAAUUAUAUUAAACAAAAAUUUUUAUAUUAUUAA